ACCUCUCCUCUCUAAAUAAGGCUGCUCUAUUACUUCCCUUUUUCCUCUGAUUUCCAUCUUUAAACGUGUCCUAGCGUCUCACAACUCCAAAACUCUCAUCUUUUGUCUUCCCUCUCCAAUGGCUUCUACUCCUGUUACUCGCGACACAAUCAAUCCCAAGGUAUUGGAGUGCGAGUACGCUGUUCGUGGCGAAAUCGUGAUUCUUGCUCAGAAAUUACAAGAAGAUCUCAAAAACAACCCCAAGUCUCAUCCUUUCGAUGAGAUACUCUACUGCAAUAUUGGAAAUCCACAAUCUCUUGGCCAGAAGCCGAUCACCUUUUUCCGUGAGGUCCUUGCUUUGUGUGACCAUCCUGCUCUCUUGGAUAAAUCUGAAACACACAGUUUAUUUAGCGCUGAUUCCAUAAAACGAGCAUCUCAGAUAUUAAGUCAAAUUCCUGGACAAGCAACUGGUGCAUAUAGUCACAGUCAGGGUGUCAAAGGAUUACGUGAUACAAUUGCUGCUGGCAUUGAAGCUCGUGAUGGAUUCCCAGCUGAUCCUAAUGACAUUUUCCUGACUGAUGGUGCAAGCCCCGCGGUUCACAUGAUGAUGCAGUUACUGAUACGGUCGGAAAAAGAUGGCAUUCUCUGUCCCAUUCCUCAGUACCCUCUUUAUUCUGCUUCGAUCGCCCUUCAUGGAGGCACUCUCGUCCCCUAUUAUCUCGAUGAAGCAACAGGAUGGGGGCUGGAGAUCUCGGAGCUUAAGAAACAGCUUGAAACAGCCAAAUCUAAGGGCGUUUGUGUCCGGGCAUUGGUGGUUAUAAAUCCUGGCAAUCCUACCGGGCAGGUUCUGGCUGAAAACAACCAAAAGCAAAUUGUGGAUUUUUGUAAGAAGGAAGGACUUGUUCUUCUUGCAGAUGAGGUGUACCAGGAAAAUGUUUAUGUCCCGGACAAGAAGUUCUACUCUUUUAAGAAGGUUGCGCGGUCAAUGGGCUACGGGGAGAAAGAUAUUACCUUGGUCUCGUUCCAGUCCGUCUCCAAAGGCUAUUACGGAGAAUGUGGGAAACGAGGAGGUUACAUGGAGAUCACCGGGUUUAGCCCCGAGGUUAGGGAGCAGAUAUACAAACUGGCAUCAGUCAACCUUUGUUCCAACAUAUCUGGACAAAUUCUUGCAAGUCUUGUCAUGAGCCCACCAGAGGCCGGAGACCAAUGCUACGAGUCUUACUCAGCAGAGAAAAAUGCAAUCCUGUCCUCGUUGGCUAAGCGUGCGCAGCAACUGGAACACGCGUUGAAUAGCUUAGAAGGAGUGAGCUGCAACCGAGCAGAAGGAGCCAUGUAUCUGUUCCCGCGGAUUGAGUUGCCAAAGAAGGCGGUAGAGGCAGCUAAAGCUGCCAAGACGGCCCCAGAUACGUUCUAUGCUCGUCGUCUCCUCAAUGCCACGGGGAUAGUAGUUGUUCCCGGCUCUGGCUUUGGACAGGCGGCUGGGACGUUGCAUUUUAGGUGUACGAUACUACCGCAGGAGGACCGGAUUCCGGCCAUCAUAAGCCGUCUCACGAAAUUCCAUGAAGCAUUCAUGAAAGAAUUUCGUGAUUGAUCUAAAGAGACCAUCCAGAGCUAUGCCUGCAGACACCCCCUUUUUUGGUAAUAAUCGUAACUUCAAAUAAAUUUGUUGGUUGAAUUGUUUCGGCAUCAGUUCAUUGUACCUAAAUAUUAUCCAUGUUGUUUUUGAGGCUUAGAACUAUUUUCACCCAUAUUUUGUCGAAUUUUAACAUCUAUUCAUCCUUUGGCUGAAUUUACUCUC